GCCUGAGCUGCUAUUUUCGGCACUUUUAAGAACUGGAGCUCAAUUUCUGAUAGCUGUCAAUAUUCAUUCAUUUAUAUUCACAUCUAUACCCCAAGGAGACGAGGCAACAAGAGGCAGAGAAUAGAAGCUUCUUCGAAGUAGUAUACUUGCAUCGGUUCCCAGUCAAGCCACCGCCAACGUUCUGUCAAUCAGCUUCUAUUGACGUCACACAACCCUCCAUCUACAACCCUUUUUACUUUUUUUUCCCUCUUCUCCAAUUUGGAGUACAGUAACCUCUCUAUCUUUCUCUCCUCUUCUUCCCUCUCUCCAGCUUUUGGCUAAGAGUACGAAUUCAUCAUGUCUACCUUCUACAUCGAAAACAAAAAUGUCGGCAACCAGGCCGACUCAGAAGAUUGGCGCAUUCGCGGCUACAACCCUUUAACCCCUCCCGAUCUGCUACAACACGAGAUUCCCCAGACUGCGGAAUCAAAAAAGACAGUCAUCGAGGGUCGCAAUGAGGCCGUAGCGAUUGUCAAUGGCAAGGACCCGAAGCACCGCCUUCUCAUUGUCGUCGGCCCUUGCUCAAUUCACGACCCUGCCGCUGCACUCGCUUACUGCGAUCUGCUCCUCCAGGCUAAGGAGAAGCACAAAGAUGAGCUGCUCAUCGUCAUGCGCUCGUACCUCGAGAAGCCUCGUACGACCGUCGGCUGGAAGGGUCUGAUCAACGACCCAGAUAUCGACGGCAGCUUCAAGAUUAACAAGGGCUUGAGAUUGUCGCGCCAGCUCUUCGUCGACCUGACGAGCAAGGGCAUGCCCAUUGCCAGCGAGAUGCUGGAUACCAUCUCUCCCCAGUUCUUGGCCGAUCUUCUCAGCGUUGGCGCCAUUGGUGCGCGUACAACGGAGAGCCAGCUGCAUCGUGAGCUGGCAAGUGGACUGAGUUUCCCGGUUGGCUUCAAGAACGGCACCGAUGGCUCACUCGGCGUCGCUAUUGACGCUAUGGGCGCCGUGAAGCACCCUCACCACUUCCUCUCGGUUACCAAGCCUGGUGUCGUCGCCAUUGUUGGCACAACGGGUAAUGAUGACUGCUUCGUCAUCCUGCGUGGUGGCACCAAGGGUACCAACUAUGAUCCUGAGAGCAUCGCCGAGGCCAAGGCUUCUCUGGACAAGAAGGGAGCUCCUCCCAGGUUGAUGGUCGACUGCAGCCACGGAAACUCACUGAAGAACCACAAGAACCAGCCCAAGGUUGCCAGCGUCGUCGCCGAGCAGGUUGCCAAGGGCGAGACUGCCAUCAUGGGUCUCAUGAUUGAGAGCAACAUUGGCGAGGGUAACCAAAAGGUACCAGAGGAGGGCAAGUCCGGUCUCCAGUACGGCGUCAGUAUCACAGAUGCUUGCAUCCACUGGGCAGAUACUGAGGUGGUGCUUGACAAUUUGGCCGAGGCCGUGAAGCAAAGACGAAAGGUUUUGGGAGUCAGCAUCUAAGUGUCCAAAAACUUGUGCAAUCUCCAUACCUCCCGUCCUGUCACGGACAUGCAACAGUUUGCCAGGCCAGUUGAUUGCUUGUCAUUAUGAUGCCAGCGUGUGAAGUUUUGCCGGGUUGCGGUUUAGAUGUGGUACACGUAGUUUUCUCUUUUUCUAUAUGGGGCUUGAUGGAGAGCCAGGCAUGAUUUGCGUUAAAAACGCCUCCUUGGGUGUAUAUACAUAACAAAAGUUUCAGGGUGUCUUUUUUGGUACAUCAUAGCCAAUUGCAAGGCUAGAAGAUGAUGGAUUUGUCGAAAAUGUGUAUAGGAGAGAAAUGGUUCAAAAAUUGAAUAAGAUGAAUGGAAAUGAAACAAGUUCUAGUGACUGCGAAAGUGGUGCAG